CAUGACGCACACCAUGAGUCUCUUCGGGAAGAUGGCUGCCGUGUACAUGAUGCGAAACUGAAUGGACCGAAAACAGCCCAAAAUUGCUAAAAUUCCCCCCUCUUCCCUCCUCUGUGUCCCACUCCACAUCCAUACACAUGCGUUCGCGUUAAAACGAAGCCGAUUUUAACCUAGUGUGAAGAACUAAGAUGAUAAUAUGACCCAGAAAAAGAAGAAGCGAGUGAAUCGCAGUUUGUUACUGGCGAAGAAAAUCAUUAUCAAGGAUGGAGGAACGCCUCAAGGCUUUGGUUCUCCCAGCGUUUAUCAUGCCGUCAUCGUCAUAUUUCUGGAGUUCUUCGCUUGGGGUUUGCUGACAGCACCUACUUUGGGAGCUCUUCAUGAAACAUUCCCGAAACACACGUUUCUCAUGAAUGGCUUGAUUCAGGGGGUCAAGGGUCUGCUGUCGUUUUUAAGCGCUCCUCUGAUCGGUGCUCUGUCAGACGUGUGGGGAAGGAAGUCGUUUCUUUUACUCACCGUGUUCUUCACGUGUGCUCCAAUUCCUUUAUUGAAGAUCAGCCCAUGGUGGUACUUUGCCAUUAUCUCUGUAUCUGGAGUGUUUGCCGUUACCUUCUCUGUUAUAUUCGCCUAUGUGGCCGACAUCACCCAAGAGCAUGAGCGCAGUAUGGCUUACGGCAUGGUCUCGGCCACGUUUGCGGCGAGUCUAGUGACAAGCCCGGCCAUCGGCGCGUAUCUGAGUCAGGUCUAUGGAGACAGUCUGGUAGUGGUUCUGGCUUCUGCCAUUGCUAUGCUGGACAUCUGCUUUAUCCUGGUGGCCGUGCCCGAAUCGCUUCCGGAAAAGAUGAGACCGGCCUCCUGGGGCGCUCCAAUCUCAUGGGAACAAGCAGACCCCUUUGCUUCUUUGAGGAAGGUGGGUCAGGACUCGACGGUUCUGCUCAUCUGUAUAACAGUGUUCCUGUCGUAUCUGCCUGAGGCUGGGCAAUACUCCAGCUUCUUCCUCUAUCUGCAACAGAUAAUGGGAUUUUCACCUGAAAGUGUUGCAGCUUUCAUUGCUGUUCUAGGAUUGCUGUCUAUUGUUGCACAGACUGUUGUAUUAAGUUUACUAAUGCGUUCCAUCGGGAACAAGAACACAAUUUUGCUGGGAUUGGGAUUUCAGAUUCUGCAGCUCGCCUGGUACGGGUUCGGAUCGGAGCCAUGGAUGAUGUGGGCAGCUGGAGCCGUUGCCGCCAUGUCUAGUAUCACUUUCCCUGCUGUUAGUGCCCUGAUUUCCCGCACAGCCGAUCCGGAUCAACAAGGCGUGGGUCAGGGUAUGGUUACUGGAAUCCGCGGGCUGUGUAACGGUUUGGGUCCGGCCCUCUAUGGCUUCAUCUUCUACAUCUUUCAUGUCGAGUUGGACCAAGUUCCAGAGAAAGAACCGGAUAUACAGCAUCACCAUGAUUACCACCAACAGAGUGCAAUAAUCCCGGGACCGCCGUUCCUCUUCGGUGCGUGUUCUGUGCUGCUGGCGCUCCUGGUGGCACUUUUCAUUCCCGAACACCCCCAUAUGGGCACUCGUGCGGGCAGCUGGAAGAAGCACACAUCCCCCCAUGGCCACCCGCACAGUCCCCACCCACCCGGAGAGGCCAAAGAGCCCCUUCUACAGGACACUAACGUGUGAUUGGGAGUUUCGAUGUGGCCAUUUUGGCCACACCCCCUAUUACGCAUUGGGGAAGAAACUGCGCAUGGAGGUUAUUGUCAUUUAUUGAAAUAUAAAGCUAUAUCGGAGGCACGGUCAGUUUUGCGCUUAGAGCCCUACCUUCCUGCAGAAUUUCAUUUAAAUACACCUGAACUUGUUCAUUAAGGUUUAUGGAAAUUACAGACAGGAAGGAAAGUCUCCAUGGUUAAGACUGGGCGUCCCUGCUGAAUCGCCAAUAGAGCACCACUUUUUAAAAGAAAUGUAUAUAGAAGAACAUAUAUUUAACAAUGGUUCUGUCCAAAGGCA